AUGGAGCUCGGCGCUGGCCGACCCGUCCCGCUGUGGAUCCAUGUCCGGCAUCUGCGAUUCUCCGAUGCCGUCAUCCGACCGCCUGCCAAAAUGGGAACCUACGGCUUCCCUACCGCCGCCCACGUUCCGAGGGCCGAUUCUUUCGCCGACGACAGCGUUUCGCAGCUCGACAACGUCGGGCCGCCGCCGGAUCACUCGAUCGCGAUGGGUGUUUGUGCGUCAUGUCUCGGGCGGGGAAACAAGGACGUGUAUGACGAGGACGAAGAAUCUCGACUCCUCUACGACGACCCGAACAAUGUGCACUAUGGAAGCUUCGCAGAGCAGAGCGUGAAUGGUCAGGAUGACCCGAUGGAGGUGCAGCGGGAGACUGAGGCUCUGCAGCGAGUCGUGGCGAAGACGUCCGACAAUAUGGUCGACAUCUUCGAGAUUGCCCCGCAGGAUCACGCACAGCGGCCUGCGCCAACUACGUUUGCGUAUGCAGGGCAGGAAGCCCGCAUCGUGCGGUACCAACACUUGUUGUCGAAACUGACUUCCAAGGAUGAGGCCCCGGCAGGCGUCCAAGUGGAUUGGCUUCCCCAGGAAGACGACACAAUCGAGAUGCAACGCGGCGCCCCUACGGUCAAGGCCGAGUCGAACAAGCCCCUUGUUGGCACCUUUGCAGAUGCUGCGGCCGCCAUGGCAUGA